AUGUCCCUGCUCGCGCUCUGCGGCCUCCUCCUCGCCUCGACGGCGUCGGAUUCACCGCGGCGCCGCACCGUCCUCGUCACCGGCGGCGCCCGCGGAAUCGGCGCCGCGUGCUGCCAACGGUUCGCGGCCAAUGGCGACCGCGUCCUGGUACACUUUCGAAGUGAUCAGCGUCAGGCAGAGGCGGUUCGCGAGUCGCUUCCUGGGACCGGCCACGCGAUCAUCCAGUCUGCACUCGACGAGGCGGGUGCGCCGGGGAAGCUCGUGGCGGACGCGAUGGCGGCCGUUAGCGAUUACGGCGAGGCAUUGGACUGCAUGAUAAUCAACCACGGUGUCUAUGAGGAACAUCCAGUCGAGACAACAUCUGCGGCGGACUGGUCUUCGUCGUUUGAGCGCGUGCUUCGCACCAACCUUGCAGCGCCCGCCGAGCUUGCCUUUGCCUUCGGAAGCGCG